UGUGGGGUUGCGGGGUUUCUGCCGGAACAGGAAACCUCCCAGUGGGGCGCAGGCGUGCGGCUAGCCUUGGACGCCCGCCCUGGGGGGCCGGCAGGUGUGGCGCCUGACAAGUGAUGGGAACCUGCGCCAGCGCUCCGGGAUAGCGCGGGUGAGGCGACAGAGCCCCGCCCGGGCAGCCAUGGGGCUCCUUAGGCUCCUGGUCCUCGCGGUGCUGGCGUCCGAACCCGGCGUGGCCGGAGGAGCCGAGACCGUCGGGAAUUCCAGCGAGGGUCUUCUUGAAUUUUCCGUAGGAAGUUUGAUAUUCAUGCUCAACAGACCCUCCCCAGAGGAUGCCAUUUUGCGUCAUAUUUCCAGCAAUGCAUCUUUCCUUAUUUUCCAGAUACACUCACAGUAUCAGAAUACAACAAUUUCUUUUACUAAGACUCUCCUUCAUAAUACCUCAGGAACAGGCACUGACCAAGGACGUUUCAUUCUUAGACCAGAGCAGAGUAUGUGCACUUGGCACUUGGAGACUUUAGACGCUGAGCCUGUCCAAAACAUGGCCAUCCCACUCUCCUAUUCAGAAAGAGAUCCUGUCCCCGGAGGCUGUAAUUUGGAGUUUGAUUUAGAUAUUGAUCCCAACAUUUACUUGGAAUAUAAUUUCUUUGAAACAACUAUUAAAUUUGCCCCAGCAAACCUAGGCUAUGCAAGAGGCACAAAUCCUCUGCCGUGUGACAUUGGGACAGGCCGGGACUCUAGGUGGAGGUUGCUGUAUGAUGUCUAUCAGUAUUUUCUGCCCGAGAAUGACCUCAGCCAGGAGGGUUUGCUAAAGCAUCUGCAGAGGAUGGCCGAGGUGCCUCAGGUGAAGGCCAAUGCAAUCAAGGUGGUUACCCUAACAGCUAAUGAUAAGCCAAGUGUUUCCUUUUCCUCUCUCCGAGGACAAGGUGUCAUUUAUAAUGUCAUUGUUCGGGAUCCACUUCUCAAUACAUCUGCCGCGUAUGUUCCUGUUCACACGUACGCUUGCCACUUUGAGGCCAAGGAGGGUAAUUGUUCUUCCCUUGGAAGAAUGUCAACCAAAGUGUUCUUCACCCUUUUUGCCCUGCUUGGUCUCUUCAUUUGUUUUUUUGGACACAGAUUCUGGAAAACAGAAUUAUUUUUCAUAGGCUUUAUCUUCACGGGUUUCUUCUUCUAUAUACCAAUUACAAGACUGACACUUCUUACAUAUGAUGUUCGUCUGAUUCUGACAGCCGUCACUGGAAGCCUUGGUGGGAUUCUCCUGGUAGCUGCUUGGUGGCGAUUUGGAAUCCUCCUGAUUUGCAUGCUGUGUGUUGGAUUAGAGUUGGGCUUCCUCAUCUCCUCAGUGAUGUUCUUUGCCCUGCUGGGAAACCUGAAGAUUUUUCAAGACGAUGGUGUGUUCUGGGUGACCUUCUCUUGUAUAGCUGUUAUCAUUCCAGUAGUUUUCAUGGGCUGCCUAAGAAUACUGAACAUACUGACUUGUGGAUUCGUUGGCUCCUACUCGGUGGUCUUGGCCUUUGACAGUUACUUGUACACAAGCCUUUCUUACAUCACUUUGAAUGUACUCAAGAGAGCCCUCCACGAGGAUUUCCACAGAGCUUUCACAAAUGUGCCUUUUCAAACUAAUGACUUUAUUAUCCUGGCAGUAUGGGGGAUGCUUGCCGUAAGUGGAGUGACGUUACAGAUGCGAAGAGAAAGAGGGCAGCCAUUUUUUCCUGCCCACCCGUACAAGUUAUGGAAGCGAGAGAGGGAGCGCAGAGUAACGAACGUUCUGGACCCUAGCUACCACGUCCCUCCAUUGAGAGAGAGGCUCAACUGCCGACUAACCCAGAUCAAAGAACUCUUCCAGAAGGAACAGCCAGCUGGAGAGAGAACACCCCUGCUUCUGUAGAUGCCAAAAGGCUUGGUCAGUGUGAUCUUGAAGUACAAGUCAAGCGUUGCCCCAGCUUUGGUGUGGGCAUGCUUCAGCCAUCUCCAGUGCAAGUCUGAGAAGAAAGCAGGCUUUUGUAUCUAUCUGUGCUUUGUACAAUAUUGUGGUGUCCUUAUUGAUAUAUUAUCAAAAGGUACCCUUCUUUCGUUUAUUUUAAUUGUGGUAAAAUUACACAUUUACUGUAUCAGUCAUAAAGUGUAUAGUUCAGUAGGCACUUUGUUUUGCCUCUUAUUGCUUAAAAUGCUAAUUUAAAUACUAAAUUAUGUCAGUUAUUUGAAAACAGGUCAACCUAUAUAGAUAAUAAAACUUUGAUAUGGA